AUGCAUGGUGCAAUACAGAGUACAGCUCAAAUCAUUUUAGGUGUGGCAUUCAUACUGGGAAAUUUAGGAAAUGGAUUCAUAGCUCUGGUGAUCUUCAUGGACUGGAUCAAGAGAAGAAAGAUGUCUUCAGUUGAUCGAAUCCUCACUGCUUUGGCUCUCUGCAGACUUGGUGUGCUCUGGAUAUUACUAUUUGAUUGGUGGGUAUCUGUGACUUAUUCAGAGAAUUGGAUUAGUGAAAAGAUGUUAAGAAUUAUUUAUGUUAUCCGGCAUGUGAGCAGUCACUUUAGCAUCUGGCUUGCAACAGGUCUCAGCAUCUAUUAUUUUCUUAAGAUAGCCAAUUUUUCCAAUUCUAAUUUUCUUUACCUUAAGUUUAGAGUCAAAAAGGUGGUGUCAGUGACUUUUCUGGUGUCCCUGGUUUUCUUAUUUAUUAAAAUUGUACUGUUGAGCACACAUUUUGGUUUCAGGAUUGAUGGUUAUAAAACAAACAUGACUCACAGUUUCAACUUGAGUCAUAUUGUACGAGUUCCCAAAUUUUUUUUAUUCACCAACACAUUGGUUACAUCCAUACCUUUUGUUGUGUGCUUCAUAACUUUUCUCCUGCUGAUCGUCUCCCUGUAACAUCACAAGAAGAUGCAGCAGAGUGGCAUAGGAUCCAGAGAUGCCAGCACCAUGGCGCACAUAAAAGCCUUGAAAAUGGCGAUUGCCUCUCUCCUCCUGUACACCAUUUUCUUUGUGUCACUUUUUGUGAAAAUUUGGAGCUUUAAGUUUCUGGAGAGAAGUCUGCGCAUUUUAUUUAACCUGGCUACUGGAAUUAGUUUUGCUUCAGGCCACUCAUGUGUCCUGAUUCUUGGAAACAGCAGGCUUAGGAAGGCCUCUCUUUUGUUGCUGUGGAGGCUGAGGUGCAGGUGCAAAGGUUUGUGA